AUGAGCCAGCGGAACAGCCCCUCCGUCAGUGCCUCCCCUUCGAUGACCGACAUGGACAAGAAGGCCGAGUCCUCGGCGCCGUCGAAGAACUCGAAGUUCGUGUCGCCGACCACCGGUCUCCCCUUCCCGGACUAUGCGGUGCGUCUGCGCCACAAGUCGGUGAGCACCUUCUUCGAUGAGCUCGACAACUCGAUCAUCGUGCAGCCUCCCAAGAUGGACCCCCAGCUGGAUGCGCCGAGCCAGUCGCGCAUGGUCAUCACCGCGGAGAAGCCGCGCCAGGCCAUCGAGCUGCUGGACCAGUUCCUGGUGCGCUUCCUCCCCACCGUGGAGGACGUGUCCUGCCUGAUGGAGCACGGGCCGAUCAUGUUCAUCGCCGGUGACGCGCUCUUGCUGUGGGUGCUCGAGCACCGGUCCGUCAACAUGAACUUCGGCGGGCAAAGCCUCCACGCGGUGCGCGCCUUCGAGAAGGAGCUCCAGUUCAUGCUGGAGACCCUGCCCUACUCGCUGGCCAACAAUGUGGUCUUCAGCGACUGCCUGGCCAAUGCCUGGGCCGCCAUCUCCCCGGCCCACAUGGCCCUGCGCGAGACCCUGAUCAAGCAUCUGGAGCUGCUCCAGGGCCAGCCCAUUGGCGAUCCGGCUGAUGAUGACUCGGACGACGACGAGGAGUCCGACUCGGACGACGACGAGGAGUCCGACUCCGACAACGAGGGCAAGCCCGCCAAGGCCGGCGCCCACGCCAAGCCGCUGUUCCCCUUCACCGUGCUGAAGGUCAACUCGCUGGUGGCCUUCUCCCAGGUGUUCCCGGCCAACCAGGCCGACUCCAUCUUCAUCCUGCCGCGUGUUUUCCCCGCGUCCCUGGCGUCGCAGCUGGCCCCGGCCGGCGCGCCCGGCAUCGAGGCUUACUCGCGCCUGCUUGCCGCGGCCGCCAUUCACGGCCAGUCCAACGUCCUCUUCUAUGAGACCCUCGAGCAGCGCCGCCCGCGUGUCUUCGCCUCGGCCAUCCUGGUUGCCCGCAUGGCCCUGUCGGAUGUCACUCUGGACCUGGCCUCCUUCGACCAGGCGGUCUUGCGCUUCUUCCCGCCGGCCCCGGUGGCCAAGCCGGCCGGCCUCCUGACGGACUUCCAUCGGGAUCUGGCUCUCGGCCGGGACACCCGUCGGUGGGUGGUCUCCUCGCUGGCCGUGGCCUCGCUCCUGCGGACCAAGCUUCAGGCCGGCGCCGGUGCCGGGCUGGAGCUGCUCUUCGCCCGGGCCUUUGUCAUCCACACGGCCAUGAUUUCCCUGCUGCCGGUGACCGUCCGCUCGGUGACCUACAGCCAGCCCGAGCCCAGCCUGGUGGCCUUCAUCCAGGACCUCUCGGCAUUCUUCGCCCCGGCGCUGGCUGCCUUCGAGGCCGAUCUCGAUGAGGACGAGUAUGAUGCGUCGGAUCUGCGCGGCUUCGAGGCCGGCCUGGCCGACUGGCUGGAUGGGCGCCUGCUGCAUGCGGUCCUGCAUGCGCUGCUCCUGGCCCCGGCCGAUGCCAAGCUGGAGGCCGUCCUCGGGAAGAAGCUCCUCCGCACGGUGGCCAGCCUGCUGUGGACCAAUGUCCUGGCCCUGGCCGGGCUGGAUGCCGCCAAGCAUCCUCUGCUUCCCGGCGUGCCGGACGGCCUGAACACCAGCCAGCUGCUGGCCGCGCUGGACACCAGCCGCGCCACUGUCAGCCAGGCGGACCCGACCCUGCUGGGCUCGUAUCGGUCUCAGAAUACCGCCAUUGUGGACAUGCUGCCGGUCAUCGAGGAGGACCUGGAGGCCGCGCUCAAGGUGUCGGCCGACGGAUCGCCCGCCUCCGGCGAGGCCGAGGAUGACGAAGCCGCCGCCAAUGACGACGAUGACGAUGAGGAGGAUGCCUCCGACGAGGAGGAGGAGGAGGAGGAGGAGGACUCCGAGGCCGAGGAGUCCGAUGAUGAGGAGUCCAACGCCGAGGCCGGCCCGGUGAAGCUUUCGGCUCGGCAUCGCGACCGGAUGGCCGCCUUCGCCAAGCGCAUGGCCGACUCGCUGGCCGGGCAAAUCCCCAAGACGCGCUUCCUGCUGAACCGCCAGGGUGGCGAGCGCACGCACACCCCCUCCACUCGCCGGGUGCCGACCUUCUCGCUGGUGGACCUGCAGAAGGCCUGGGACCGGUGGCGCCUCCGGUCCACGGUGGAGACCCGCAAUGUGGACACCCGGCAGAAGGCCCUCAUCGUGCUGGAGGUCUUCAAUCAGCUGCGCCUGUGCCUGCAGCUGGAUUCGGACUCCGCGCGGCAGAUUUCCCGCGACGACCGCCGUGCCAUCCUGGCCAUCGUGCACAAUGGUGGCGAGGUGUUUGCCCACAUGGCCGAGGACAUGUCGCGCCUGCUGCGCAUUGCGCCCCUCACCUCGGAGCCCAUCAGUGGCCUGGUCAUCCAGCCGGACCUGUGGACCAUCCAGAUGCGCUUCCUCGGGCCGGAGAUGCCGCGGCCCAACAAUGUGGCCGAUCCGCGUGUGCCCUUCCGGCCGGACCCCUGGCAGCGCGACCUGCUGGACCUGGUUGACCGCGAUGAGUCGGCCCUGGUGGCGGCUCCCUCCUCUUCCGGGAAGACUUUCAUUUCGUACUACUGCAUGGAGAAGGUCCUGGCCGAGAAGGAUGACUCGGGCAUUGUGAUCUUCGUGUCGCCGACCAACCCCCUGGCCAACCAGGUCCUGUGGGAGGUGCAGGCACGCUUCGACAAGCAGUAUGACGAUCCCUCCCGGCGCCUGGUCGGUAUUGGUACCGUGCAAAUCCGCCGGGACAUCCUCACUUCGCAGAUUGUGGUCCUCACGCCGCAGAUCUACGAGGAGUUCCUGCUGUCCACCAAGCCGGCCAUCCAGGACUGGGCCAAGCGCAUUCGCUAUGUCAUUUUCGAUGAGGUCCACUCGAUCCACUCGCCGGAGGGCAGCACCUGGGAGCGUCUGCUGCUGCUGACGCACUCGCCCUUCCUGGCCCUGUCGGCCACCAUCAGUAACCCGGAGAGCAUGCGCUCCUGGCUGGACACCGCGCACAAGGCCUCCGGCCGGCCGGUGCGCUUCAUCCACACCAAGUACCGCUUCAAUGACUUGAAGAAGUCGGCCUUCAUUCCGGACCUUUCCAACCCGGAGGCCGAUCCGAUUGUGCCGCUGCACACGCUGGCCAUGUACUCGCUGGAGGAGCUCCGUAGCCAGGCCAUGCCGGAUGACAUUUACCUGUCGCCGGAUGAGGCCCUCGAGCUGUACUUGGCCGUGUCGCGCGUGCUCCGGAACAAUGCCUUCAGCGAGCGCUUCCUCCCGUCGGCCUACUUCGCCGGGGAGCACAUCAUCACCCGUGACAUGGCCCUGCGGUAUCAGGAGGAUUUGAUGGCGGUCUUUUCCAAGCUCCUGCGCGGGGUCACCUGCACCGAGCGCGGCCCGCAGGCGAUCUUCGAGUUUUCCGGCCACGCGGAGUUCCUCCUCAGUCGCCAUGUUCUUGGCCGGAUCAAGGAGGCGGUCGAUGUGGUGGACGCCGGCCGGGGGAUGCUGGCCCUCCGGUCGCCGGCUGGGUCCGGUGUUUUGAUGGUGGCGGUCCGUGCGCCGACCACCCCCUCGGACAGCAAGGGCCCGCGGCCGAACUUGCGCCAGGUCCUGAAGGCGGCCGUGGCCGCCGUGCGGGACACCCUGUCCACCGUGGUGGAUGAUGUGCUGGCGGUGCUGCGCCACACGCGUGAUGAGAUUGACCGCCGUGUGGCGCUCUUCCAUUCCGAGCGUAGCCUGGCCCUGUCGGAUGAGCAGUUCCUCCAGCAGAAUGUCUAUGCCCUGGUCCGGCACCUGCACCAGGCGGACAUGGGCCCGAUCAUUGUCUUCACCUUCUCGGUGGAGCGCUGCCGCGCUCUCUUCCAGCUGACGGUCGAGGCGGUCAUGGCCGCCGAGGAGGUGGACCGCGAGUCGCCACGCUUCAAGCGCAUGUUCCGCAAGGCCGAGCAGGAGGAGCAGGCGGCUCGUCGUGCGCGCGAUGCCACCGAGCGCAAGAGCACCACCCCUCGGCGCGAUCGCGAGGAGGAGGACCUCCCCCACCCGGAGGACGAGCAGAAGGAGCCCACCCUCACGGUGGAGGAUGUGGAGCACAUGGUCCGCGAGCGUCACUCCUUCCUGGGCCACAAUACCGACAACCUGCGCCAGGCCCUGGCCUCCAUGCCGCGGGCUGCCAACCAGAACCGCAUCCUCACCUAUGGCCUGGAGCGGGGCAUCAUCAUCCACCAUCGUGCGGUUUCCUCCAACUAUCGUACCCGGGCGGAGAUGCUCUUCCGCCUGCGUGAGGCGCGUCUCAUCUUUGCCACCGGUACGCUGGGUCUCGGCUUGAACAUGCCGGCCAAGACCGUGGUCUUUGCCGGUGAGUCGCUGAACCUGGAUGCGCUGAACUUCCGCCAGCUGGCCGGUCGUGCUGGGCGCCGUGGCCUGGAUCGCGAGGGCAAUGUCCUGUUCUUCGGCCUGCCCAUGCACCGGAUGCGUUCGCUCAUGUCCCGGCCGAUUCCGCCCUUCCUGCCGACCAGCGUGGUGGACACCCCGUCGCUGGUGGCCCUGACCCAGCUGGCGCAGUCGUGCGUGGACAAUGGCGACAGCGAGCGCUACGAGCAGGUGGCCCAGGGCAUCGACCGGGUCCUGCGCCACUCGAUGCUGGUGCACAAGAACCCGGCCCUGGCCCCGGAGCAUGCCUACCUCUUCUGGUUCCAGCUGCAGAUGAUGCGCCAGACGCGCAUGCUCAACACUCGCGGCCUGCUGACCCCGGUGUCGGCCAUGGUCAUGGCCCAGCCGACCGUCGGGUCGGGCCCCAUGGUGCUGCACUACCUGCUGGAGCACCACCGGCCGGUGCUGGAGCGCGCCGCCGCCACCAAGACCGACGGUGUGUCGGAGCUGUUUGUCCUGCUGGCGUACCUGUUCGAGCAGCGGUCCAUCGAUUCGCAGAUGGCCAGCCCGGCCCCGACCAGCCAGCCGGACAAGCGGGCCAAUUCGCCGAACCUCUGCCUGCCGGCCCUGUCGGAGUACAUCACCUCGGCCCUGGAUUCCUUCAACGAUCUGAGCCUGCGCACUGCGUCCACCUUUGUGUCCAGCAUCGUCGUCCACUCGGAGUCUGCCGAGGAGGAGUCCGUUGACCCGGAUGCCUGCCUCCCCGUCUCGCAGCUUUCCUUCCCCAGCAUGUCCAUCGGUCCCGAGGACGCCGGGGCCAUGCUGUCGCACAUGCGCACCGUCCUGUCCAAGCCGCGCCUGCGCAAUGCCUUCAACUCGAUGUCCGGCGCCGGGGACGCCUUCACCCACCCGGAGCAGAUCCUCCACGAGACCAACCACAGCCGCCUGAUGGACUCCCUGUCCAUUCCCUAUGUGGAAUACGCCAACCCGGUCAGCAACUACCUGAUUGCCAUCACCCGGCGCCUCUCCCUGCAGUCCUUCUACGCGCACUAUGGUCUGGCCGAGUUCGUGCUCCACCCGGCGGUUGAUCGCUUUGUCACGUACAUCCGUAUUGUGCUGGAUCAUAUUGUCCGCAACAAGCUCGGCGUCCGUGCCAACUCCUUCCUCUCCCUGGCUCAGAUCCACUCGGACCCCAUUGCCAAGGAGCUUAACGACAUCGCCACCGCGCUGGAGGUCUCCUCUGUGGCCAUCUUCGGCCCGACCCCCUUCCGUCGUGGUUUCCGCAAGGCCUAAUGGUGCCGAUGUGUGUGUGUGUGUGUGUGUG